AUGAGCGAAUUUGCAAACGCUUGUGUAUUACGCGUAACUGCAAUACCGCCCACACUGCCUCAGUAUUGUGGCAUGAUAGCAGGAGAACAUCUCAUGAUAUUGAUGUCAGGGCAUUUCGAUGAGGGUGACAAAUAUCACACAGUGAAUAAAGCUCAAGUAGGCAGAUUACCUCAUCGCGCAGAAAAGCGUGAAGAGAGUGCUUAUGUCGAGGUAGUGGCGGCCUGGAGACUGAUAUCCCGUCGACAGAUGCUUUUGGCACCUAAUUACAACACAGCGCCAAACUGUUAUGAUACAGCGACCACGAUAGCAUACCCUAUCCUUAAAAUAUUGGAUUAUUAUGCUCAUCUUCGACCAGAUGCUGUCUUCGCAGAGUAUCCUCUAUCCCAAUCAACAUAUAGCCAGGGAUACCGCAAGAUAACCUACCAUGAUCUUGCUAAUGCUGUCAACGGCGUUGCCAGAUGGCUGAUUCAGAACCUCGAAAUGGGCAACGGGUCAACGAAACUAGCCUACAUCGGACCGAAUGAUAUGCGAUAUAGUGUGCUGACACUAGCAUCCAUUAAAGCUGGAUAUUCGUGCAAGGUUAUCAUUUGCCCUACACCACGUCCCUCACAUAUUGCCGGAAUUCUAGAGGGAGACGAAAUGCACGUGUUGGACGUACCAACAACACAAGAGCACCUUGACACAGCUUAUCCACCCCUUCCAUUUUCGAGGUCUCUCGGAGAGGUUUUGUCCGAACCCCUGUUGACCAUCCAUACUUCCGGCUCAACAAGACUACCCAGACCUAUGACAUUCACGCAUGAUACGGCAAGGAAGGGAAUGAAGAUGCAUUGCUUGGAUGCCCCUGAGGAAUACGAAAGUCUCGGCAAGCUUUACUAUGGGAAGCGAGUGUUUCUAGUUCUUCCUCCCUUUCAUGGUGCCUGCUUGGUUAGCCUACUUCUAAAUGCCCUACCAUUCAGCACUGUCAUGGUUGCCCCACAAAGCAAGGCUAAGGUAGCCAUCGUCCCUCCAUCGAUUCUGGAAGAGCUGGUACAAGAGCCUGAUCUGUUAGAAUACUGUGCCUUAAGCUUAGAUUGUAUUAUCUACUGCGGUGGAGACCUCCCACAACAAGUAGGGGACGUGGUCGCAGUCAAGAUUCCCUUGUACAACCAAUACGGUUCGACAGAACUAGGGCUUUUACCCAUGAUUUUGUCCAAUUCAUAUCGCAAACCAAAGGAUUGGAAGUAUCUUGAAUUCCAUCCAGAUAUGGGCUUACAGUUUCGACCUGCAAUGGAUGAUCAGUAUGAACUAUGCAUGGUUCGUCAAAAACUGGUGGAGACACAGCAGCUUGUCUUUACAUACCCUGGUUUCACAGACGCAAGCGAAUAUGCAACAGGAGAUCUUUUUGAGCGCCAUCCAUCACCCGAGAAGUCGGGAUUGUGGACGUGGCGUGGCCGGCGAGAUGACAUUAUCGUCCUUACCAAUGGGGAGAAGAUCAACCCGGUCGGCAUGGAGCACUGCAUUACAUCUCGCAGCAGAUUAAUUUCGGGGGCUCUAGUUACAGGAUCACAGCAUUUCCAGCCGAUACUAUUGGUGGAGAAAAAAGAUGAUGUGGGUGAGUCAGAAUCUAAGGAUCGUGACGCAUUAUUGGAAACCAUAUGGCCCAUCAUCCAAGAAGCGAAUCAAGUCGUUCCCGCAUACGCACGCAUUGAAAAGACCCAUAUUCUGUUUACUCAGUCUGAAAAACCAAUGAAGCGUUCUGCAAAAGGAACUAUUCAACGCGCAGCGACAAUUGAGUCAUACCAGCAGGAACUCGAAGCACUUCAUGCAUCGAUUGCACUUGAUACUUCCAUUGAGGACGGGCAAUGCAUUCUUAAUCCUGACCAAAUCGAAGAUCUCUAUGUUCGAGAAAUGGACUCUCAACAAACUCUAAGCGCAGUACGGAUCCUCAGAAGAGACUUACCUGACACGGGCGUUUCUCCGAUCAUACUGGCCUUGAUUGAUAAGAGCUGUAAUAAUGGCAAGGACAAGCAACAGUCUACGAUCGAUAGAAGACUCGCAGAAAGAUACCUUGCUCUAGAGACGUAUCAAGAAAUGAUCGACCGAAUUCCUCGGGCGGGGCCUUCGCAACAGCGGCCCGAGGGACAUUAUGUUCUAAUCACCGAUAGUAUGAACGGGGUAGGACCAUACAUCCUCGACACGCUUCUCAAACAUUCCUCGGUCAAGCAUGUUUACUGUGUUUCGAACGUGGAGGAUGGUCGCGCAGAGCAACUAUAUGCUAACCGAUGUCGACAGCUUGAAAUCAAUCUGGAUCCGCAGAAUGUGACUUUUUUGAAGGUAGAUCUAUCCCAGAAGGAACUCGCUCUAUCGCCUGGUGGUUACGGGGACCUCCGAGGAAGCGUCACUAUGAUUAUUCACACUGCGUGGGCCAAUAACCUCGUUUGGUCCUUCUCCUCAUUCGAGCCGCAUCUAAGAGGCCUAGUGAAUCUCCUCGAAUUAUGUACAGUUGCCAAAAAUCGUCCAAAGCUAUUUUGGGUGUCUUCUAUGGCCGGACCUCUCAAAAUGCAUGGCGACUGUGCAGCCCUUCCCGAGCAAACUGUGCAAAUGAACCGUCCUAGCAUCAACAGCUACGGUGAAAGCAGAUACGUUGGGGAACAACUCCUUCAAUAUGCUCAUGACCGGCUUGGUCUGGAGAUCUCUAUUGCUCGCCUUACUUACGUUCCAGGCGCAACCGAAAGCCCAUCUGUAUGGAGCCAAAACGACUGGUUAUCAGGCCUAAUUGCCGCUUCGUUGCAGAUGGGCACACUGCCGGGUUCUCUGGGACAACGAUGCAGUCACGUCGACUGGAUCCCCAUGGACCUGCUAUCACACGUUCUCGUCGACCUCCUGAUUGAGGAUACUCCCAAGGAUGAUACGGAAGCAGGGCAAGUGGGUGGUAUUGCCACCCCUUUAUUUCACGUAUUCCACCCCGUAAACCUUCACCCCAUCGACUGGCGCGCUGUUCACGAUAUCAUCAUCGACGAGACACAGCGCAUCACUACGCGGAGACUCAAAUCCGUCACAUUCCAGCAAUGGAUACGGCGGGUCCAAAUUGAACAGGACUUUCAAAUGUCCAGUCCGGAACAUGUACACAACCCAAAACUAGAUGGACAGGCUGAAGCACCAGACCCGCCAGUCUUGCAGCAAAGGCUGUCUGGUAUGCAUUCGGCCAUGCGUAUGUUAGAUUUCUAUCUAGAUGUUUUCGCUACUGAUGCGGUCUAUGGAUUACCGGCGACAGAAAAGACCGCAAAGUCGAGUGCUAUACUAAGAAGCAUUCCAGCGGUUCAAGAUGGGUGGAUCCGGAAGUGGGUGCGCGAAUGGGUGGAAGCUUUUUCCUAA